AGAGUCGCUUCUGGUCUGUUUACUGUUUAUUUUCUAACUCCAGCAGCUUGAACAGACCUGUGGACGGCGUGGCAGCUCUUCUGUGCUUUUUAAAGGAUCAAAAUGGACCUUCAGGAAUACUUCAGAAGGAUCAGGUUCAGCGGGGUGUACGAGAAACCCGAUCUGGCCACACUCCGUACCGUCCAUGAGCUGCAUGUGAUGAACGUUCCAUUCGAGAACCUCAGCAUCCACUGUGGAGAACGGAACACCAUGGACCUGCAGAUCAUUUAUGAGAAGAUUGUGAAAAAUCAUCGUGGAGGAUGGUGCUGUGAAAACAACCUGCUCUUCUCCUGGGUGUUAAGAGAGAUGGGCUACAAAUACACCACUCUGGGCUCUAAAGUCUUCAACACACUUAAAAAUGACUUCUACCCCGUGGAUUCACAUCUUAUUAACCUGGUGGAGAUCGAAGGCAAACCAUAUAUCACUGAUGUGAGUUUUGGAGUGUCGUGCCAAAUCUGGUAUCCAUUAGAAAUGAUCUCAGGGAAAGAUCAACAGCAGCCAAGUGGAGUUUUCCAACUACAGAAUGACGGUGAGAAGUGGAUCCUGGAAAAGACUGGAAGGAAGCAGUUGGUCCAGAAUAAAGCCUUCACCAAUUCCAGCCUCGUCGACAAGCGCAUGACGAAGACAAUCUACUCUUUUGUGUUAACACCACGUGGUGUUCACCAUUUUCUUAAUACAAGUGAGUACCUGCAGACCAGCCCUGAAUCUCUGUUCACCCAGAAAUCCAUUUGUUCCGUCCAGACCCCUACUGGAUUCAGAGCUCUGAUUGGUUGGACCUACAGUGAAGUCACAUUUAACCCUGAGGAAGAUGCAGACAUCAUCGAGAUGAAAGAUGUAGCUGACAGUGAGAUAGAGACCAUACUCAAGGAAAAGUUUAAUAUAGUGUUAGUUAAUAAACUAAAACCAAUAAACAAUAAAGCGGAUUAUAAACUAUAGGGCAUUAAAUCACAUUUAUCUAAGCCCCUUCCAACCCCUAAUGGGCAUUAUGAUUAUAAUUAUAAUUAUGAUUAAGAUUUUUCAAACCUUGAUUGUUUUUAGAAUUUGUACAGUACUGUGAACAAGAUUCAGGUUUAAAAAUAAUAAAAUUUAAUAAAAUGGAAAGUAAAUGAACAAAAUUUAAAUCCAAAACCCUCUGCCUGCAAAACACCAUCAAUUCAGUACACUUGCACACAGUUUUUGAAUGAAUCCCAGACAGACUUAAUGACGUUAAAAUCAGGGUCCUAAACCUAAAUUUGGGGGCAACCAGGUGCUUCCCUGAUGGUAUUGCACGAUGAAUAAAUAAUUGACUGUAUUUCUCAGCAUUGGCAACACCAUUAUUUCUGACAAAAUCUUAAAAUCCAUUUGCAGAAAUCCAGCCCCAAAUUUGCAGGAAACCUCCACCAUGCUUUACUGUUGCCUUCAGACGUUCAUUCUUGUUCAAUUUCAGAUGUUUACUCACCUGUCCAGAGCAGCGGUGGAUGAAGUACACAAACCAUGUAGUUCAGUUCAAGUAGAGACACAGUAGAUACAAUUUUACUCCAGUAAAAGUACAAAAGUAUUUGUCUUCAAAUGUACUUAAGUAUCCAAAGUACUAACCCUAACCCUAGAUUUAUUAUGUCUUUAAUGUUCCUAUUUUCAUUUUUGUCACAAGACUCUUCCUUAAUGUACUCAGUUUAUGUGAAAAGACUUAAAUGUUACUUUUAGCAUUACAGAGUACAAUAUUUUCUGCAUAAGCUUAAAGCACAAUCUUUUGGAAGCUGAACCUUUUAUAAAUAACGAUCUCAGUUAAUAAUUAGCACUCUACUCCAGCUGUUUUAGCAUUACACGCUACAUGCAAAACUAUUUAAAAUAGAAUUUAUAUUCCAACAAAAAGUGUUAACAGUGAUUGAUUGUGAUUUCGCACACUAUAUCUGAGUGCUCUACCCUGAUUGGUGGAAAUAAAGAGAAACAACUGUCCACCACUAAUCCAGAGCAAAUUGUUGAUGCAGAAUAAUUAAUUCUGUCUUGUUGUUGUUGCUGUGCUCAGUCUGGUGUAUGACCUGUGAUAUGACUCUCUCUUCCACAUCCUCUGCUUAGUAGCAAAGCAAAUCUUUUCCUUACCCAGUUUUAAUUCUCCUACACAGCUGUUUCUGUUUUAUUUAAUGAUUGUGUCUCACCCUACAUAUGAAACUGAUGAUCAUUAUUACCUGUUUGGUAGAAUUUAUUAAUCAAACACCUGACUGAUCCUUCUAAAUCCCUGAGUUUUUGCAAGUGUCAAAGUGUGCAAGUGUAAGAAUUGAAAGUCAGUGGUUAAUCACAGCAAAUAUUGAUUUGAUUUAGAUUUUUAUUUAUUUUCCAUUUUGUUAAUUGAAUUUAGGUAAAAAUUAUAAAAAAUAAUAAAAAAAACCUUAAUACUUGUGAUGUGUACUACAUAAUGAAGGUCCUGUCAGAUGCAGACAGGUUUGGUGUGUGUUUAUACAGUUAUGUGAAUACCAAAAUAACCUCAUUUUUAAUUCUAUGGUUUUAUGUAUCAGGAAGUAAACAAAAUCAUCUGGUCCUUAGAUUUGGGUAAAUACAACCUCAGGUGAAUAUCACAUGACAUUUCAUACAAUGUCACUGUUUAUUACUACAAAAA